AUGGCGCCGGCCGACCAGCUCGCCCCGGCGGGCUCCAGCUCUUAUACGUCCGACACACUCAACGUCGGCGACGGGACCUGGGAUUUCACCAAGAACGACUUUCUGCUGCCCAAUCUUGUGGGCCUCAACUUUGACACCAUGCGCUACAAUGGAAUGGGCAAUCGCUUCUCCACCGUCGCGCAAUACCACACGCUCAUCAAAGGCCACGCCGCCAUUGGCAUCAUUACGUUUCUGUUCAUCAUUCCCAUCAGCGUCAUGAUCGUCCGCUUCCACAGCAAUCGAACCGGUGCUGCCGUGCGCUACCACGCGUAUCUCAACGUCAUUGCCGUCCUGCUCGCGACCGUCGUGUUGGUCACCGGCUGGUUUGCCGUCGGCCCGCAUCGCAGCUUGACGAACCCGCACCACGGCAUCGGCGUCGCCAUUUACACGCUCGUCCUGCUGCAGAUCAUCGGCGGCCGCCUCGUGCGUCACCUUGCUGGUCGCCAUUCGCUCCGUCUGUCCAUCCACCGCUGGUUCGGCAGCGCGAUUGCGAUCCUUGGCAUUGUCCAGGUACCUCUGGGCCUGACACUGUAUGGCUCGCCCAAGGCCCUGUUCGUCCUGUACACGCUAUGGAUGACGUUUCUGCUGUUUGUCUACUUUAUCCUCAACCACCGCCACGAGGGUCGUCUGCGCCGCGAUGGCUACUAUGAUGGUGGCCGCCCCAAUACUCCCGCCAAGUCAGGCGGCGGAGCGCUGCGCUGGCUGGGUCCUCUGGCGGCCGGUGCCGGUGCGUGGGCACUUUGGCGUCGCCACAAGCGUGACCAGUCGCCAGAUCGCAGCCGGCGCCAGAGCCGGUCCCGUGUCGGCAGCCGCAGCCGCAGCCGCAGCUACGGCCGUCAUGAGGUGCUUUCGUCGCGCAGAGGGUCCGACAGCUUUGUCGAAGACGAAAAGUUCAAUGCAAACCGGCGCAAGGACAGCAACGGUGGCUUCAUGAACAAGCUUCUCGCAGCCGGUGCUGCCGCCGGCGCCGGCGCCUUGCUGACAAACUUCAUCUCAAACCGUAGGAAGAAGAACCGGGACGAAGAGUACUCGGCCGUCGCCACAGACACCCCCAGCCAUCCAGGCCGCACUGGCCGCCUCUCUCGCCCACCGCCUCGACGCAACACCGUGCCCAUCAGUAACGCCAGCGACUUUACCGAGGACAGCCGCACCAACAUAACGGGCUCCCCAGUGAGGCACCACCACCACCACGGAAGCAUGGGCGCUGCCGCUGCUGGUGCUGCUGCUGGCGCUGCUGCCGCGUCUGUGGGCAACGCGUACCGCCACAGCAGCAGCGGCAACAACAACAACAACCGUCCUGUCACGCCUCGGCCUUCGCACCAACGUACGCACUCAAUGCACGACCCCGUCGACGGCUCCGACUAUUCAUCGUACCAAAGCCCGUCAAGACGCACACCGCCAGCCAGCGGUCGCAUGGCCUCGGCCGGCAAGGGCCUCCUGGGCGGUAUGGGACUCGGCUGGCUUGCGAGCAGAUUUGGGCGCCGCAAUGACACUGCCGCACAGGAGAAUGAACGCAUGCGCCGCGAAGAAGAGGACCGCCGAGCGGGAACCCACGGGCAGCAGCGAUACACCGGCGACGGCUACGGCUCGCCUGUCCGCCGUGACCGCUACGGCCGCCGCCCGCCACCGUCCCAUGCGCAAAGCUACUCUGAAGUUUCCGAAUCGAUCAUCGAGCAGGGCGGCUCGCGGCCGUAUGCUCCCGUGGCUGGAGCAGCCGCCGCGGGUGCCGCGGGCGCCGCGGGAGGGGCUGCUUACGCGCCGGUCACGCCCGUUGCCAACCCCCGCCGUUCCCACUCAAUGUCGCGACCUCGCCCAGACGUCGAGCCGGUCACCAUGCCGGAGAUGCCGCCUGAGUCGGACAGCGACUCUAUUCUUCCUCAGGGUCGCGUGCAGCGGUCAUCGUCGCGCCGGCGCCGAGAAGCCGAGCGACUGGCAGCAGGAGCCGUGGCAGGUACGGCCGCAGGAGCAAUGGGCCGGAGCAACAGCCGGCGGAGAGACGAAGACAGCCGAUAUGCCGCGUAUCCGCCACCAGCGAACCAACCCCCCGUCAGUGUGAAGGUUAAGGUGCCACACGACCGGGCAGGCAACAUUACCCUACGGCGGUUGACCGAGGCGGAGGCAGCAGCCGAACGUGGAAGCAGCCAACAGCGGCGGCCCCAUCCCAGCGACGAUGCCAGCAGCCUGUCUGGGACCGAUUCGCCCAGCAACCGGCGGUACCGGCGAGAGUCGAGCGUGCGGCCAGCAGAACUGUCGGCCGAGCAGAGGACGGAGGGCUCCAUACCGCCUCCGGCAGCGCCCCCGUACCAAGGGCCGCCUCACUCCAGCAGUGGCGUAUUGAACCCGCCCAACCCGCCGUUUGCCGGUGGCCGGCGACCCAAGGACUCGGCGUACUUUUCGGGCGCGCAGGGCCCACCAGGGACAGCUGCUGGUCCGUCGGGCAGCAAUCCGACCGCCGGGCACACGAUGACGAGCAUCGAAAGUCGCGGCAGCCACGGCACGUGGGGCGCCAUGAGCCCCUCACCGGGCGCUGGCGGCGGCGGUUCACAACCGCCGGACGUGGCGUCAUCAGCAGCGGCUGAGCGGCGACGGAGGCGGCGGUUAGAGAGAAAUGAUGGCCGGCCGCAAGCCAAGGUUGAUUACCAGUAG